GAGUUUGAAACCAAAGUGCAGCGACCCGCAGAGUAAAACAAAAACUGAUCCAAGAGAAGAGAAGAUCUGUGCUGCUGUGAGAAAACACCUGUGGUUCCGACUACUACCUGUAACUCCAAAGUCUUCUUAAAAUGGCCAUAAUGCUGAAACCCUGGACAGUGCUGGUGGCCGUAGUGCUGUGUGUGCUGGUGUGUCUGGGAACACUGGCGGAUGCCUACCCCCCAAAACCCGAGAACCCCGGUGAAGACGCCCCACCCGAAGAGCUGGCCAAGUACUACACCGCCCUGAGACACUACAUCAAUCUGAUCACCAGGCAGAGGUAUGGAAAGCGUUCAACUCAGGAGGACGUGGUUGCAGAGCUGCUGUUUGGCAGCGACAGCAACAGAGACCAGAGAUCAAGAUACGAGGACUCAUACAUGUGGUGACUCCGCCACCUCUCUCCCUCCUCAUCGGGCAUUCCCUCUGGAUGCACCACACAAUGCACCUGGAGGGGCCAACAUGUGCCUCUCACCUCUGCCCCCUGAAACCGACCCCAACCAAUGAUCAUCACCAACUGGAACGCAAGCUCUCUCUGUCUCUCUCGUCACUGUCUCACAUCUCUCUCGUUACAAGAAAAUUGUACAUAAUUUAUUAUUGAAGUCAAAUAUAU